AUGGAAAUACCAAUUCGUAUCAUUCAUUUCCUAUCUUGUAUCUACAAAUUUCUUGAGGAUUUUGCUGCUAAUUUUAACGAAAUAGCAACUCAGCAAGACAGGGAAGCAGUUUUACUAUGGUUUCAGCAUUCUUCUCCUUCACUUUAUACGUACGAUUCUGAUAAAGCUAAAAUUAAAAUUUGGCUCUCAACAGUUCUGCUACAUGCGAUUGAUAAAAUCAGCAGCUCCAUGAUCCAGCAUGGAGAAAUUCAAGUGUUGCAUCUUGAAGCAUGGCUAUUGGAAAUUAAGAGAGACUUAGGCAAUCACACAUUACCGGCUAUCCGAAGAUGCAGUGAACAAAUUGACACUGGUGAAUAUGAGUCAAGGGAUGUGAAUUGUGACAGUCUUGACGAAAUUGCUCAUUUUUAUAAGCACUAUAUCACACUAAAGAUUAUCCAUUACCAAACUUCAUCACUUUUUUCUCAAUAUUCUCAAUCGGAAGCUUCUUAUCUCCAAUAUGAGAGAACUCAUUCUCUGUGUGAUCCAAAACUAAUACUAGCUGAUCCUUCAUUAAAAGAUCUCUUCAAUAAGUUAGUCGUGUCUGCUGUAUCGCUUCAUCAAGAAAUGAUUCAUAAGUGUAUUAAUCAACCUCAACAAGAAGUGCUAGAGAAUAUUAAAGCUUGGAAAAGGCGAACGCGAUUACAUUCAGAUGUAUCAACUUUUCCGAUAGCAUCAACAGAUGCUCUUCGAGCAAUUCGAUAUAGGCUUAUAGCUUUGAUGCAGUUACAAGAUAGCAUGAUUGAGUUAAUACAGGAGACCACUACCGUCAUAAGUACUUUAAAUUCAUAUGGUCUUGCUUUGGAGCUUCAGCUAAAUUUCUGCUAUGAAUACACUAAAGGCCUCCUUCAAAUGAAAAAUGAAUUGCUACGUCGAUCAUUUUUCGUCAUGAUUCAAUGUUUCCCUGCUCCUAAAGUAGAUGGUACAAUCACCUGUAAACUAGUGCUUUUAGCUGAUAAUUAUGUAAAAGAAGUAAGUGGAGUUGCUGCUCAUUAUAUAGGAUUUACUGAUCAACAUCGCGAUCAAUAUAAGAUACUGCCAAGGAUGCAAAAGGAACAAUAUCAAAAUGGCGAUCGUGGAGAACUUCUUGUUUCAGAUAUCAAAAUUAAACUCAAUAAAGCAUCCAGAGGAAAUCAAUCCGGGGGCUAUGUAACUGAUUUUCGUUACCAGCUGGGCUUUCAUUGCAACAUCACCACGAUUAAGAAUGUAAAUAUAACGCUUGAAUGCAGGACUUUACCAUUUGUAUUUCGAACUGGAAGAGCUCAAAAUGCGAAAGCUCAGUCGACAUUGGCUUGGGAUAAUUACUUCUUGGAUGAUGUUGAUACAAUUGAUAUUAAUUGUCUUAAACAUGAAGAGAAAAUUACGUUUGCGCAACUUGAAGAAAUUUUACAAUGCGAAUUUAAACGUCGUCUUGGCAAACCCUUAACGCCAGCCAACUUAGACUUCUUAAAGAGUAGAGAAAUUCAUACUAGUUAUAGCAGAAAUGAAGACUUCAUCUCAUGGGACGAUUUUCAUUACUUAACAAAACUAGGCAAUAAAAAUAAGUCAUGCAGUGUUGGUGAAUGGAUCUUUACGUGUUUAGAGGUUCUAGCUAAGCCUGAAAAUUCACUUCUUCGCAUGUGGCAAGAUGAGAUUUUAAUUGACGGAAGGCUUAAUUCAAGUAUUUUAUGUCCGAAACAAAUACCAAUAGCAGAUUUAAUGCGAUAUCGAAAGAAGCAUAAAUCAGAAAUCCUUGUUGGAUACGAUACCUCAUUCCCGAUUCUAUCGGUAUAG